UCCAGGUUAUGUAGCAUAGAAUUUCUAGAAUAUUGCACAGUCAUUAUGGAGCGCGAGCGCCUAUAUCGGUUGGAGAUACUAGGCAGCGAUACCGCGGGUGGAAAAAGAAAGUGCAUUUUCUUUCUGACGAAAUUCAAACUGGUUUUCAUAGGGACUGAGUCACUUCUUUAGCCUACUUCCUGAUGUAAAAUACCGUUGGCAGGAAGAACUGCGUGUCUGGAAAAGAAAACGGACACGUGGAUUAUCAUCGCUCCUCAAGCUAUAGGCAAGAGCCAGGGGAAAAAAAACAGAUCCCCUCUGUGGCGACCUGGCCUUAUUCUCCCGUGCUCGUCACCUUAUCACACGGCAAUACAAUUAUGGAUACGCGGUAAACGUCGGCGCGAACAUCGACCAAGCGUUUCUUUUUGUCGGCUUUCCUCACUCAUUCCAUAGCCUACUGGACUGCGACGUGCAGGAAAAGCAAAUCUCAAACAUUAACAUCUCUUGUUGAAUGGCAAUUCUGCAAAAACAUGGAAAGAACUCUAGUCCAGAUUUGGUCUGCCUCAAAGAAACCCCCCCAGACAAAAUCGGGGACGCUGGAGGCCAUCAGAAGAAUUGGAGUGAACAGAAUACGAACUGGCCGAGACCCCUGGCCCGGGUAUGGACGGUGGUGCUACUGCUGGGGACAUGUCUGCUGUACUGUGCCCGCGUGGCCAUGCCCAUCUGUGCUGUCAGCAUGGCCGAGAAGUUCAACUGGACCAAGAGGGAACAAGGCAUGGUGCUGGGCAGCUUCUUCUGGGGCUACUGCUUCACACAGGUUCUCGGAGGCUACGUCAGCGACAGGGUUGAAUGA